AUGGAUGAACACUCUGUUAAACUGUUCCACAAUUCACCCUUUCCAAACCUUAGCAUCGGGAUGACACAAGAGUUUGCUGAUAUCAUCAGCAAUUCACCAUUGAAAGAUAUCAUGAAAACUCCAAAGACCAUUGUCAAAGUCCUCUUCCAUUAUCAAUUGUUCCUAUUCACAGUGAUGAUGUUGAUGUCCGCGCAAGAGAGUCACCCACGUGACGAACUUUUCAGGACUUGUGCUGGUGUAGCUGCUGAACGCUUUCACAUGGAAAGCUUUUUCCCCAAAUGUGAACUUUUUGGACACGUACUAGAUUGUUGGAGUCAUCUGUUAAAUUUCGAUGAAGAUUUGCGUUCCAAUUUAUCUACUCGCAGACUAUUUGCCACUACUACGUUGACGCCGUGUGAAUUUCAUAUUUUCCUUGUCGUACUCGACUUUCAACAACCAGCCUUUUGGAUCAUUGACAACAUCAAAAGAGAUGUCGACACCCACGACACAUAUGGUUUACUACCAGACAUCAUUCAUUCAUACAUGAGUAAAUAUUUGCGGAAUGUUCACCAUCCAAACGUUAAAGCCUUUUCACAUGUCCCAAGACAAAUCCCUCAACUUUCUUGGUCAACAGUAAACACUAGCACUGACUGUGGUACUUUAACUAUGCGUCACAUGGAGACGUUCAUGGGUGGAAACAUUAGAGAUUUCAAAACUGGAUUCAAGUUAGAGUCGCUUGCACAUGAAAACCAAUUAUCUAGACUACGGGUCAUAUAUCUUUGCAAAAUAAUAAAUUCUGACUACAACCUGCUCAAGGAGUCAAUCCUUCAUCAGGUAACGAAAUUCCAAAAGCUGAAUGCAUCUAACCGAAAACAACUACUGAAGGAUGCUGCAACCAGGAUACACGACAGGCUGACUGAAUUUGGUUAAAGAAUAUUGUGUUUAAAAGUCUUUUUUGUUUACCUUCUGGGAUGAAUAAUAUGUUAUUUGCUUUUUCUUUAUUAUCUGGAUGGCUCAAUGCAGCUAACCUGUCACUAUAUUGCUUUUUGAUUAUGUACCUCCCUUUAGUCUUCAUAUCAUAUGAAAGUGUCUUUUCUAAAUCAUACAUGACAGUCUCUUGUG